AUUUGGAGACCUUUAACUCAGCAGCAGGUCCGCGUUCAACAAAGCUCCGUUUAAACAUGGCUUUGGAUGUGAAGUCCAGAGCUAAGCGAUAUGAAAAGCUGGACUUUCUCGGAGAGGGUCAGUUUGCCACGGUCUACAAAGCAAGAGACAAAACGAAGAAUACCAUUGUUGCAAUUAAAAAGAUUAAAGUUGGGCACAGAACCGAGGCAAAAGAUGGAAUCAACAGAACGGCCCUCAGAGAAAUCAAGCUGCUGCAGGAGUUGAGUCAUCCAAAUAUAAUUGGACUCCUUGAUGCCUUCGGACACAAAUCCAACAUUAGUCUUGUGUUUGACUACAUGGAGACUGACCUAGAGGUUAUCAUAAAGGACACGAGUCUUGUGCUGACGCCAGCCAACAUUAAAGCCUACAUCCUGAUGACACUGCAGGGUCUGGAGUACUUGCACCAUCACUGGAUCCUCCACAGGGAUUUGAAGCCAAACAAUUUACUGCUCGAUGAAUCUGGUGUUCUGAAGCUUGCUGAUUUUGGAUUGGCAAAAGCCUUUGGAAGUCCUAACAGAGUUUAUACACAUCAAGUAGUGACCAGAUGGUACCGGGCCCCAGAGCUGCUCUUCGGGGCCAGGAUGUAUGGAGUGGGUGUGGACAUGUGGGCAGUGGGCUGCAUACUUGCAGAGCUCCUACUCCGGCUCCCCUUUCUGGCUGGAGAUUCUGACCUGGAUCAGCUGACAAAGAUAUUUGAAGCGCUGGGGACUCCAACAGAAGAGACUUGGCCUGGGAUGACCAGUCUCCCAGAUUACGUCUCAUUUAAACUGUUUCCUGGCACACCUUUGGAGCACAUUUUCAGUGCAGCGAGUGAUGAUCUUCUGGAGCUCUUGAAGGGCCUGUUUACCUUUAACCCUUGCACCCGUCUCACAGCCUCAAAGGCACUGAUGACGCAGUAUUUCAGUCAGAGACCAGCGCCUACCCCAGGCCCUCAGCUUCCCCGGCCAAACUGUUCAGCAGAAGCUCUGAAAGAAAAAGAAAAUCUCACCAUCGGCAUUAAAAGAAAACGUGAUGGUAUUGAACAAGGUCUGCUACAGGUUCGUCUCUUUGAUGGUAACAGUGCAGAACGUGCUUUUUCAUUCCCAGGCUCCUUUCCUCCAGGCUCUCCUCAGGCCCCGACACAUCUUUUAAAUACUAACUAACUGGAUUCUAAUUGUCAUGUACAUCAAGAGGGAUUAAUGCUGUAGACAUUUUGCAAUAAAGCUUCCCUGAAGAAAAAGUUGGUGUUUUAGGUGAUGUGGUUUGACGACUCCUGCCUGGUUUUGAGCCAUGUGACCUCUAAUGCUGCUGCAGACAUCCACUAAUAAAUCACACAUUGGUCAACCUUUCAUAAGAACUAUUUGUGACUGCUGGAACAGGCAUAUUUAUGUUGAUUCGAUUGUUCAUAUAUUUUUUUUCAGUUAUUUUUAUACACGUGGUAUGUAAAUAAAUUAUGGUGAGAACAUG